AUGGCUGAAUUCAGACGGAUUCAAAUAACUUUAUUUGUGAUUCUGCUGCUUCAGUUUACAGAAGUAGCUGGACAAAACCUCCUCUACAUCACUGUCAGAGCUGGAGAUGAAGUCACUCUGCCUUGUGAAAAUGUGAUAAUUCAGGACAAGUGUAGUAGCACCACUUGGCUUUCUAGUCGUAAAGGGGAAGCAGCAGCAGUAACGCUGAUAGACUUUGGACAGAUUAAUGAUGAGAUUCCCAAAGCUAAAUCAGACAGACUGAGUGUUAAAGAGAAAUGUUCUCUGGUUAUAAAGAAGGUCACAGAGGAGGAUGCUGGUCGUUACACCUGCAGACAGUUCUACAGACCAGGAGGACCACAACAAGGUCCAGAUGCUGUGGUUCAUCUGUCUGUUGUUACCAUGGAAGAACAGAAGAACACUGAUGAUACAGUCACCUUGAUCUGCACUGUGUUGACAUAUGCUGGGUGUGAUCACUCAGUGAAGUGGCUGUAUGAGGGGAAUGAGAAUGACGUGGAGAUAACACCUCUUACCUGUUCAGCCAGUGUGUCAUUUCCUCCUCAUCUUAAUCAGAAGUUACUGAAGUGUAAGGUGACAGAUAAGAAGAAUGGAAACACGCUGCUGUGUACUGUCGGCCCCCAGUCCUCUUGUAAGAAACCAGGAAGCACAACAGAGGGAGAAGACAAUACAUCAAAACAAGGAGAAGACAUAUUUAGCUGCUAG